GAUAGGUUUCGGAACGUCCUUACGAAAUGCGCAAGCGCGAAUUUUGAGUUAAAUAAAAAAUGGACAGCUCUUUACUAUAAUUUAUGAUUAGUAUUUUUAACAUAGUUUUAAUAGAUUUAAGUAGUAUUUCGUUGUAAUUAGUUAAAAUGUUAGGGAAACAACGUAUUAAGGGAACAAACACAAGCGUUUUUCGCUCAUGUGUUAGAUAUUGAAAUGUUUCUGCAGGGUCGCGUUAUAGUUGUUUGGUUAUCUUGGCUUAUUGGAGGAAUUUGCGGUGUUGUUAUUUUGUUGAUAAUCAUAUGCUACUGCCGCCUAAUGCCGCGUCAUCAGAAAUCUUUCGACGAGCAAUAUCUCAAAGAGACAUAUGCAAUAAAGGAGAACCAUGCGUAUACGAGUCAGGAAAACUAUCGCAUGAAGCAUGCAGAGGUGCAAGUGCAGCGCCACGCGCGGCCGGUGAGCUACGCGGGGGACGCGGAGUGCCGCCGCGCGCCCGCGCACUGCUACGUGAACCGCGUGCCCGACACCAGGGAGCAGUGCGUGCAGUACGCCUCCAGCAGCAUGUUAGAUGAAAUCGAAACGGCAUCGAACAUAGACGCGCUGAAGACGCGGUCGCUGCCCGCCUUCCUGCGGCCCAAACCCCGCCCGCUCUCCACCGAGGACGACUUGCAGCAGCUCUACGCGAAGGUGAACCUGAGCAAGAAAUAUAAGAACCGCAUGAGGAGUGAGCACGCGGCCAUCAUAGCGCUGAGCAAGUCGCACAGCCAGUUCUUCGACGCGGACGCCGUCAUCGUCUACGACCAGAGGACUGCGCUGUAACUACCACACUGGCACCACACCCGUUGGCAUCGUCACUGCAGGUAAAAUAUCACAUAGCAACAGCCUCUCAAGAAGCCAGUCAAAUCUCAAGUGACAUAGCUAGCAUCACGAGCUGCUUUGACUACGAAGGCAAUCUCUUCACAGGCUGAUGUUGUGACGUCAAAAUAUCCAUGUCCAUGGGAAUGGUAAUCACUUACCAUCAGGUGGGCCGUAAGCUCGUCUGCCUUCGACAGCAAUAAAAAAAGGCCUACCACGUUCCGAAAUAGACCUUUAAUCAGUGUCAUCAUGUCGCUCAAAUACUACAAUUCUACUUAUGUAAUACUUGAACGGUCCCUUUGACGAUUAAAACGACCUACUGUUUUUAUUCCACGAUUCAAUUGAUCUGAGAAUGAGGACGUACUCAGAUGGACCGGAUGGGGUCAAUUGUUUGAUAAUUGAGUUCUUUCUUAUCAAUAAGUUUUAUUACAUUCACGCAAACUGAACGGUUUGUGAAUGGGAGUUAUUAUUUGAGAGCUUAGUAAUAAAUGUUGUAGGUACUCGUGUCAUAAUUCUAAAGCAACGGUACCUAAUCUUUUGGUUAUAUGGGCCCCAAAGAUGUCUUCUUAUGGCUUCGGGCCACAAAGUAAAUUCAUUAUAUUUAGUGUCUUAAAAACUUAAUUAACAUUAAAUAUUUCCAUAAAAUAUUCACAAUUAUUUGAAUUAUUUUAUGCUUAUGAGGUUAAUGUAAAGUCAAAAGUGGGAAAGCACGGCGGGCCGCAGGUUGGAUAUCGCUGAUUGGAUAUUGUUGAUAAUAUAACUAUCACAGCUCCAGCUAUGUAUAACAGUACAACGUUUAUUAGUGAGCCGAUUUACACUCAAAAUGAUUCGUGUAGGUACCUAUGAUAUUUUCCGUUAGACACGGCAACAUUUUAGAAAGGUUUUAAAGUGUUGAAUAUUUCUUAAUUGUUAUAUAGCUAAAUUAAUUAUUAUAACAUAGUAUAUGCUCAUAGGAGAUAUGACCCCCAAGACUUUAACUUAAUCCGACCCUCUAUUGUCCAGUUUACGUAAUCAGCGUGUAGUCACUAAAUAUAGCACAAAUAGAGUUAGUCAGACUUUUCAGUGCGUAUGAAGUCAUCAGAAAUCAUCUGAGUCAUUUGCGAGUGCAUUUCUCUUAUGCUAUUGUUCGAAUACUUAGUGCAUUUGAACAAUUAUUCGCCAAUCAUCGCAAGAUCGUAAAUUUUUUUCCAUGAAAAAAGGACAUACUUAUAUAAUUAACUCAUGACCCUUUUUUGGAUCCGUUUCUCAUGACGUCAUAUGCACGUAUUCUUUGCCCCUGUCGUCUAUUCACAUAUCCAUAGCGUGAUUAUAGUUGGAUAAAUAAAUAUUAACGCGCACACUUAGUAUACACUCAAUAAAUAUUAUAGAUAGUUCGAGUACAGUCGCCCACACAAGUCGAUAAAGGAUAAUGAUUUCUUAU